CCAGAGCUAGAAACCAGAAAUUAGAAAAUUAUAUUUCUCAAUGUAUAUAUACAUUUAAUCAAUUAAAUAAAAAUUUCAUAAUUAAAAAUGUUGUAAGGAAGAAUAGUUAUAAGAACUAUUCAAAUUGCAAUUAAAUUUUACAUAUUCUUGUAUAUAGACAGAGUUAAUUCAAGAUGAAUAAUAUAUUGAGGUUACGUUCUAUAGCCAAGAGUUUUAAUACUCGUCAAUAUUCUGCCAAAUAUAUAUUAGAUGCCGAAAACAGACAAUUGUAUGAAGAUGUUUUCCCUGAUAUUUGCAUGAAUGACAUAAAAAAGUUAUGGAGAAGUCCACCACAAUGUAUAUACGCUGGAUUCGAUCCCACUGCGGACAGUUUGCAUAUAGGAAAUUUGUUAGUUCUAAUAAAUCUUUUACAUUGGCAACGUUGUGGUCAUCAAGUGAUCAUCCUGUUAGGGGGUGCAACAGGCUUAAUCGGUGACCCAAGUUUUAGAAAAACAGAACGUGUUGAAAUAGAACAUCUUAUACUCGAGGAAAACAUAGAAUAUAUAAGAACUGAUAUCAAAAAUAUUAUCAAGAAUCAUGCGAAAUAUUUUUGUAGAAACCAUCAACAUUUGGCUCCCAUAAAAAUAUUAAACAAUAUAGAAUGGUAUAAAGAUAUGAAUUUGCUUUCAUUUAUUAGGGACAUUGGAAAGUAUUUCAGAAUGGGUACAAUGCUUGGUCGUGCAUCUGUGCGAAGUAGAUUAGAAUCCGCAAAUGGAAUGAGUUUUACAGAAUUCACUUACCCCCUUCUCCAAGCAUAUGAUUGGCUUCAUUUAUACCGUAAAUAUAACUGCUUGUUUCAAGUUGGAGGUCAAGAUCAAAUGGGAAAUAUAGUAUCUGGUUAUGAUUUAAUCACUAAAUAUACCAAAGAUCAAGUUUAUGGCUUAACGUUACCAUUAGUCACAGCCCAAGGUGGACAAAAAUUUGGAAAAUCUACAGGCAAUGCAGUUUGGCUCUCACCUACAAAAUCUUCUAGCUUUCAACUGUAUCAGUAUUUUAUUAGAGUAGAAGAUGCAGAUGUGGAAAAAUUCCUUCAUUUCUUCACAUUCUUAUCUGUACAUAAAAUUAAACAGAUUGUAGAAGAGCAUUUUAAAAGACCAGAACUGAGACAAGCACAAAAAAUUUUAGCUGAGAAAGUUACAGUAUUGGUUCAUGGAGAAGAAGGAUUACUUGCAGCAAAAAGGGCAUCUGCUGUUCUUUAUGAUAAAUCUAUUGAUUCUUUAGCAAAAAUGCAAGCAAAUGAUCUAGUACAGAUAUUAGAUGGUGCUACUAUAGUAGAACUUGUAUCUGAACCAGGUAUUAAUGCUUAUGACUUAGCUAUGAAAGCAAACUGUUUUAAAACAGAUCAUGAUGCAAGGAGAAUUAUAGCAGCUGGAGGUUUUUAUAUUAAUUAUCAAAAAAUUACGAAUUCAGCAGAACUCAUUGUACCUGGAAUACAUAUAUUAAGUAAUAAUAUAUCAUUACUUAGAGUUGGGAAAAAGACCUAUCAUGUUGUACGCUGGUUAUAAAAUAAAGCAUUUAUGAUUAAAA